CUCACGGGUCACAUUUGCGAACCAAUGAGGAAGAGGAAGACUUUGGCGGCAGGCGAAGCCAUGUAUUUUCUUGAGCCACAGGAGGAUGCUGCUGUCGUAAGGAUAUACCCAUUCUGUGUUCACUAAGAAAGAGCUACAGCCUAGCUAUGAAUUCUGAAGAAGAUGACGCCAUACGGAUUCAGUCUUCCUCUCGUGAGCAUGAGACUGAGAAGCUUUCUUCCAAGGCUACAGUGGGAUCGGUUCCAGGAUUUCGAUUUUCUUCUGAAAAAAUCACGAGUUUUGGAAACAUUCAGUUUGACGAAGAAGUCAAGAGUAAAAGAUUAAGCUCCAUCAAAGCUUCUAUUGAAGGAAACGUGAUAUUCCUUCAUCUGUGGAACGAUGCACUUGUCAUGUUGUGUGUAAUUGCUAGCUUACUGGACCCUUUGUUCUGUUACGUUCUAGUUGUUGAUGAAAAGAGAAAUUGUAUUGGGUUCGACAAGAAGUUGAGGUUGACCGUUGUAGUUCUGCGUUCACUCGUUGAUAUUGGCUACAUGAUUAUGAUAAUCUUUCAUUUUCGUAUUGGAUAUAAAGCGUCAUAUGAUGCAAAAGAUGGAAGACUUUUUGCAAUAGCAAGGAGAUAUCUUUUAUCUUACUUUACAGUUGACAUUCUUUCACUUCUCCCUAUCCCACAGGUGGUGAUUUUAUUAGUCAUUCCAGCAUCAAAAGGUUCUCAUUUUACAACUGCAAUUAAGUCAAUGAAAUUUGUUUUUGUAAUUCAAUACUUGCCGAGACUCUUUCGAGUACACUCAUUCUUAAAGAAAGUUAGAUGGAGUUCUGGCAUUUUACACGAUACUGCUGGAAGCAAAGCUAUGUUGAAUCUCUUCCUGUAUAUGCUUGCCAGUCAUGUCUUUGGAGCCUUUUGGAACUUGUUUUCUGUUGAGCGCAAAGCAAGUUGCUUGGAAGUAAGGUGUCAUAGUCAUCCAUAUUGCCCUAAAAACAGAUCUCUCAACAGCUUUGUUGAGAAAUCCUGCAUGGAUGCUUGCUCAUUAUCAAAUGACGCUUUCAAAUUUGGAAUAUUUGAUGACGCCUUUAAGUUUGGUGUCGUCUAUUCAUCUGAUUUCAUAUGGAAAAUCUCUUAUUGUAACUGGUGGGGUUUGAAGAACCUGAGUUCAUUGGGUCAAGGCCUCGAUACUAGCAAGCAUAUAUGGGAAAUUUACUUCGCAACUGCCAUUACCAUGUCUGGCUUGGUAUUAUUUGCAUUUCUAGUUGGAAAUUUGCAGACAUUUCUACAGGCAAACUUUGCAAGAGUGGAGGAAUUGAGAUUGAAGGGGCAAGAUAUUGAAAUGUGGAUAGCCUACCAUUCGCUCCCCCGUGAUCUAAAGAAGCGAAUCAAACAAUACGAGAAGUAUAGAUGGCGGAAAACCAGAGGUGUUGAUGUUGAGAACAUUCUCCAUAACCUUCCUAGAGAUCUUAGAAGGGACACAACAAGACAUCUUUGCUUAGGUGUAAUAUCGAGUGUCUCCAUGUUUCAAAACAUGGACGAGAAGUUCCUGGAUGCAGUCUAUGGUUUUCUGAAGCCAAUGCUGUACAUUGAGCAUAACUUCAUCGUUCGCGAAGGAGAGCCGCUAGACGAGAUGAUCAUAAUUCAUGGCAAAUUAUGGAUCUAUUCUUCCAAUUCCAGUAAGGAUGAUGAAACAUCAUGUUCCUGGCCGGGCACUAGGAGCCUUAAGAAAGGUGAUUUCUUUGGAGAAGAACUUCUAAAUUGGGUACUGAAAGAUCCAUUUUUGUCCACUGUCCCCAUAUCCACAAAAACUGUGGCUACACACACCAAAGUGGAAGCAUUUGUUUUAAGCGCAAAUGAUUUGAAGUGUGUGGUCUCCAAAUUCUGGUGGCUUUUCAGCAGAGAGUUCAGAAACGAUCCUGUUUUUAGAGAGCGAUGGGCACCUUGGGCUGUCCUUGUCCUGCAAGCUGCGUGGCGCCGUUACGCCAAGAAUAAGCGCGUCGAAAAAGAAAAAUCUCAGCUAGGAUUGGCCACUAAAAGUGGGAAAAAUUCAGAAGCUUCAGUCACCACCUAUUUUCAUGCCGCUGCAUUCGUGGCUCGUGCAUUACAUGCUUUGAAUCAGAGGCGAAAAAGAAGAGACGGAAGCAAAAAGUUGCUAGAAAUAGAAGAUUCAAGUAAAAGCAAUGACUUGCCAGAACCUAGCAACGUCUGAGAAGAUUUCAUCUGCAACUCUGCAUAUUAUUUAUCGCUAUGUAAUGUAAUAUUUCAUCUUCUCUUUUGAACAAGCCCUCCAUUGAUUUUGGUUUCCAUGUUUGUACGAGGGCGUAGUUUACUGUUCUCAAUGGGAUUCACAGGAUUCCUGAAGGUCUCUACGUUUCAUGGCAAAUUGUGGAUCUAUUCUUCCAAUUCCAGUAAAGAUAAAAGAAUCAUGUUCCCGGCUGGGCAGUGACAGCCUUAA